CAAGAGACUGAAGCAGGCCUCUUUCUGUCCCUUACAGUCUAUCCACGCUAUAUGUCCUUAGGAUGGGUAGCAUGCACACUCAGGGUGGGGCACCCUUAACCCUAGUGUCACACCAUGAAUCCCAGCAUCAUACACCCUAGAUCCAGCCACCUCUAAAAAGCUCCACUUGUGACCACUUGAGGCUUUGGGGGACGUCUAGACAAAAGCCACAACAGCCCACUAGGCAGCAGGGUACCUGGUGCUUCUCUGAGACAAGGAAGAAGCCAGAGUGGCUGCAGUGGAGUGGAGCCCAGGGAGAGAAAGGACAAACAGGUCAGAGGGGCAUCUUGGAGAGAAAGGACAAACAGGUCAGAGGGGCAUCUUGGAGGGGAAGCACUGAAGGCUUCAUUUAACUCAGUGAAAUGAAGGACCACCAUAGGGUUUUGAGUAAGUUAGUAACAGGAGUUUGAACUUGGGCUUUCAUAGGAUCAUUUCAGGUGACAGGAGAACAGGAAGAAGGCAAGUGCAGAAUCUGAAAGACCGAUUAGAGACCGCUCCAUCACCGAGAUGAGCAAGUCCUUGUCGGGCCAAGUGGAAACGUCGAUGAACAAACCCGGGAAUCUGCCCAGCGCAGUGACUGUUUAACUUUAUCGUGCAUCUUAAUUUCCUGGGUACUUCAUAAAAAUGCAGCUUGGGAACCUCAUUUCCACAAAUCCUGAUUUAGAGGGUUUGAGUUGUGGGUAUUGGAGUCCGUACCCCACCCCCAUCCCCGCACACACUCAAUGCCUCUGAAGCUGGAGAUCUUGGGCUACACUCCUUGGGGCUUGGAUUAGCAUGUGAUAGGAACUUUACCAGGAUAUGCUUCUCUGGAAAAGGAGUUUUUUAAGCUGUUACUACCCCUUCCCUCCCCCACCCCACAAGCCUUAAUAAGAAGCGGGUUCUCCCUCUGCCCCUGUCCCAACGCGUCCCAAGGGAGGGCAGUCUGGGGAAACCAGGUCUCGGGAAGCGGGGAGGGCGCCCCAGGCGGGGAGGGGCCCCGGGCCCGCUAGACAAAGGGCGGCGUCCUAUAAAGGCGGCGGCGGCGUCCAGGCGGGGGCGCACACGGCCGGGACCGCGACAGGGACGGCGACGGCGCGGGCUCUUGCUCUCGGCGCGGAGAAGGAGAGGAAAGCCCUUGAGGAUAAAUCAACAAGGGCCCUUUCUCUUUCCCACCUCAGAAACAGACAUGACCAGGAAGAUCUUCACAAACACCAGGGAGCGGUGGAGGCAGCAGAAUGUCAACAGGGCCUUUGCCAAGCUGAGGAAGCUCAUCCCCACUCACCCUCCAGACAAAAAGCUGAGCAAGAAUGAAACGCUUCGCCUGGCAAUGAGGUACAUCAACUUCUUGGUCAAGAUCUUGGGGGAACAAAGCCUGCCGCAAAUGGGAGUGUCUGCUCAGGGAAACAUUCUGGGGCUCUUCCCUCAAGGACCUCGCCCGCCGGAACUGCAGGAUGGCACUGUACUCAAUGACUACCGGAUCUCCUCACCUGGCCCAAGCCACCACCUGCCAUAGUGUGGCUCUGGCAGUCCUCCCCCGGGCAGACUUUUGCAGGGGUCACUGGCUGAGGGCAGCCUUUGCACGUGCUGGAGUCACCUUGAUGAAUAGCUUGUGAAGCUCAGAUUUGGGCUUCCUGGAAGAUGGCCCGGGACAGCUGCUGGAGCUGAGAAGAGCCCAUAGAGAAUGUCACCCCGGAUUCCAUCCAUGGCUGAGACUUCAGACAGAACAGCUGCCCUCCUGUUUUAUAAAUCCAGGUUCUGCAUAAAUAUUUACAAAACAAAAAAAAAUCAGAGGUUUAAAAAUCUACCGUUUUAAUCACUGUCUUCAGUAAUAAGAAAGGAGUUUUCUCAAAAUAGAUCUCAGAUGAAUAAGUAGAGUAGGUUUUUCUCAGAACAUAUUUAAAAGUUUGUUUUGACAAAUGGGACUAUUUGAUCAAAGGCAAACAAAAUAAAUCUUAAGACUGAUGAGUGAAAAGAUGGCCCCAGCAGAAAUCAACCUGAGAUGUGUGGGAAAAUCAGUGGAGAAAGUCCCUCUUGAGGAAUGGGAUUACGUUCCUCCUCCUCGGGAAUGCAUUCUUUAAAUUCUAUGGAAAUGUGAAGUGUUUACUGAUAGGGAGCCAUUUAUACAUGUGAACUCCAAAGCCAAAUAGUGGAUUGCAUCUGUGAAAGGAAAAGGCUUGACAAUUUAUCAGAGUUCAGGGUUUUCUUACAAAAAAAAAGUUAGCUAAAAUAAGUCAGCAAACUCCUUUGUUUCACAUGUCAGGUGUUAAAACUUUUAACUCAGCCUGAGUUCCCACUGACUUAAAACCUGUAAAAUUAAAUUAUAAUUAUGAAAAUCCAAAUAUUACCAUUUAAUGGUUCAUUUAACAGUGUAGUUUAAGCAAAAAAUUUAGAAUAAACAAUAGAAAUGUAAUACCAGACACUAAUUACCCCAGUAAGUCAUUGAAACCACAUGGAUCUGGCAGGACUCAUGCCACACACCAUCCGGGUCUUGCUGAUACAUGGAUUGAAAGGUAAAUCCCCUAAUGGAGCUCAGAGUGCAAGUCAUAUCAGUUAAUUACCUCUAAGACAUUUUGUCUCCCCACGGUUCUUGACAGUAUAUGGUUUUAAACUCUUCUGAACCCCAUGUGGGAUAUCUGUGGGUGUAAGGUUAAGAAUCCCACUGCCUGAAUAAUACAGGAAUGUAAAUUUCCUGCUACUCUAGAAAGAAGGUAUUUUAUUUAUGAAUGACCAAAAUGAGUCUUCCCGGUUUGGUGAUGAGAAAAAAGCUGUGUGAGUCUUUCAUAAUGUCAUUCCCCUACUGACAAGGUCAUCAGGUCAUUAGGGUCUAAAUGGCCUUUGCAGUUGUAGCACAAGGCUUCCUUCUGGGUCUUUUAUUUAACCUGCAGCCAGUGAACUUCCCCAUGGGCCCGAUGUAGCUCAGGGGAACACAUAAAAGCAGAGAACAGGAAUUUCCCCCUGAAUAUGCAUGUCUUUCUCAACAGCUUGGGUGGAUACAAGCUUGUCCUCAAAUGAUCAGGUGAUAGUACAUUUCAGAGUUUCAGUGACAGUUAUCAGUUUAAUGUUAUUACUUACUCUCUGGCAUUAAAUCAAAAUAAAACUUUUUUUUUGGUGCCAA